AUUGACGUGGAGGACGCGUCAAAUUAAUUCCAGCAGACUCCACGCUCCCCGGGAUAACUCCAAUUUGCAUUUAUCGGAUGAAGAACACUUUGGUGCCAUUGUACCUUGCAGUCACUUGCGUCCAAAAAGAAGGGGGCACGCUGCGAGUCGGGGAGAUUCUGAGAGGUCUAUUUUCUCUCUUCUGGGGCUCAUUCCUCCGAUUCCCCUUCCUUCUCUGACUUCGCUCGGACGCAUUCAGCCAUUUGCGGGGGCACCUAUAUAUUUGCCAGCAUCUCGAAACGUAUAGGCAAAUGGAGCAAACGUAUGGAGAGGUGAACCAGCUAGGCGGCGUGUUCGUCAAUGGACGACCCCUGCCCAACGCCAUUCGGCUAAGAAUAGUGGAGCUGGCCCAACUCGGGAUCAGACCCUGUGAUAUUAGCCGGCAACUCCGAGUCUCUCACGGCUGCGUGAGCAAGAUUCUAGCGAGGUACAACGAGACUGGCUCCAUCUUGCCCGGUGCCAUCGGUGGAAGCAAGCCUCGCGUCACAACGCCCAACGUGGUGAAAAACAUCAGGGAAUAUAAACAAAACGACCCCGGGAUCUUUGCCUGGGAGAUCCGGGACAGGCUUUUGGCAGACGGGGUUUGUGACAAGUACAAUGUCCCGUCUGUUAGCUCGAUCAGCAGGAUUUUACGCAACAAGAUUGGAAAUCUCUCCCAGCCUAACCAGUACGAAAGCAGUAAGCAAAGCUCUGCGCAGGCCGGGCUCCCCUACAACCACCUAUACCCUUAUUCCUACCCCAACACCAUGUCGCCCACCGGUACUAAAAUGGGCAACCCCCCUGGAGUACCUGUGACAGCUGGACAUGUGAGCAUAUCCAGGGCCUGGCCUUCUGCGCACACCGUCAGCAAUAUCCUCGGAAUACGGGCCUUCAUGGAUCCCACAGCAAUUGCUGGAACAGAGGGAUAUCCACCAAAAAUGGAGGAGUGGAGCGUCAACAGAGCAGCUUUCCCAGCUCACACGGUCAACGGGAUCGACAAGUCAGCCAUCGACGCCGACAUAAAAUACGCUCAGCCUUCCUCGACGCUGUCCGGUUAUGUCUCGGCGUGCGCUUACUCUCCAACCAACCAGUACGGGGUGUACAGUGGGCCUGCAGGCGGCUACGUGGCCCCGGGCCACCAUCACUGGCAGACGCAGAGCCCGGCCCUGUCACACCCAGGCAGUGGGAUGAGCAUGCAUGCAGGGGAGAUCCACUCACCGAUGGCGUUUAAGCAUCAGACCCGAGAAGGAGACAGAAAACCGCCCAGUCCAUUGAGCAAGCAGCAGCAACAUGAAGACUUGAACAGUGUGCACGGACUCAGUCUCCCUACCUCAUCAUCCUAACCGGGACUUAAGCCACCUUAAUAACCAGACCCAUUUAACUGAACUCAUUUCAACAUCUCCCAACAGUAAGUCUGAUCACUAACGGUUUGUUUGUAGCUGACAGUCCAACACAGACCUAUUCACCCGCGUUCUAGCUUUAUCGGCCUCUAUGGCCACAUGAAUGUAAGCUUGCAUGGAUGUAUCGGCGUCUCCACGUCACUGGUUGAUAGAUUUGUUCAUAGACUGCAUAUCCACUAAGGGAGACCUGCAGGAUGAACCCUUUUUUUUUUUUUUUUUUUUUUUUUACAUUUUGUAAGUCCAUGUUUCAUUAUUUUAAUCCGCCAUAUAUGCAUCUUUAAUUUGUGGCCAUGAUCUCGAUUCCACAGUGACUCAACUAUGUGAACAAUAAGAUAUAAAUUGUCUAAAUGUAAAAUAUUCGCCAAAGCUUUAAUUAUAUAUUUUUAUAAUUUCAUUGUAAAUAUUAAAAAAAAAAAAAUAAUAAAGGCCUUUUUCUUCAAA